AUGGUCUUCGGAAUAGGACUACUGGUCAACGCGAUCCUUGUGGCCAUCCCAGUUGGGGGAAGCGUUGGAGCUCUCUUGGGUAUUGACGCCCAUCGAGCAGCUACGGGUCAGAAGCCUCUGUUCACCGGGGGGAAUAAUGACGAUGGCAUCGGCACUGGCGGCGACAGUACUGGCAGUGGUGGUGGUCAUGACACUAUCACAAACAACGGCGUGCAGCACACCCAGUACUGUGAGCUUUCUUACGGAAUCACUCCACCGUCGAAAACUGAACAAUACACCCUGAAUCCCAAUCAAUGGGGUGUAAAAGCGGACACAACAGGAAACGGACUCUGCAUGAACAUCACGACGUUGGUCAAUCAAACUUAUGCACCCCAGACCGCUCCCGAGUUCUCCAUCACCUGGCAAUUCGACCAUGGCCCUCAGACUGCGCCCGUCCACGGAUACCCUAAUAUUCGCGUCGACGAUGUGUUGCCAAAGGAGAUGAACAAGAUCUCCCAGGUGGAUCUUGAGCUGCAUUGGACAUAUGGACUGGGUGAUACUCCCGCCGAGUCAACGGAUGUACAAACGUUGAAGAAUGAGAACCUUGCCACAAACGUCGCCAUUGAUAUGUUCUUGGAUGCCGACGCCGAAAAGGCUAAGAGUGCAAGUGAGGCGAAAUUCGAGGUCAUGGUUUGGUUCUGGAUGUCAAACGAGGAGGCCCAGCCCCUUGGUUGGGGGAAACCAGGAAUCACCAGGACCUUGGACGGAACUACGUUCACGCUAUACACCGGCAAAAAUGACCAGGGACAGUAUGUUUUGUCCUGGGUUCCGGAAGCGAUCACCGAGAGGUUCACUGGAGACAUUUAUCCUCUCAUCACCGAUCUGUACAACUUUGGAGGAAGUGACUACCCAGCUAAAGAGGACUUCCUUGGCAGUCUCAGUUUCGGAACAGAAGUCUACUCCGUGGACAAAAACGUCACAUUCUGGGCCGAGCAGUACAAGAUCGACAUCAAGAGCUGA